AGUGCAAAUAUGCAGCUUAUUUGGGGGCCGCCCCCGCUAUCACUAACAACACUUCGUGAGAGCGAGAUCCCCCCUCAAUCGGAAAGCAUUUCAAGUUUUGAUUAUCAAUAUGCAUAGUUCCCCAUCUCCUCUUCAUCGGCAACCACCUUCGCAACGUCGAGCCAAGCAAGGAUCAUGGACCUCAGCAUUCCACCGAUGCCAGCAGCCUGGGCCAGAAAAGAAUAUUACAUCUUCAACGACAGCUUCUACACUGAAGUACCAGGUCAAAGCCAAUUCACAAGCUUCCGUCGACUGCCUGUCGACUUACGACUCCGAAUCUGGGAAGAGUGCCUGACUAGCUCUCGCUUGAUCAAUCUCGAGCUGUAUCAGGACCAUGAUCCAGAUACAGCGGAAGCACUAUAUAGCACUCAUAAUUCGCUCGGAAAGACUGUCAGCAGUUACUCGUAUAGAGUGGUAUUUCAAGAUGACGACUUUUGGACUAGCAAAAGCAGACAUGCUCUCUUAUGGGUCGAUCGCGAGGCGAACCAGAUCUUCCACGCUCACUACCGUGUACAUUUUCCACUUGGAUUGAACAAGAACGACAAGAUCCAAAAUCUGCUUUACAAUCCGGAGUACGACACCCUACACAUAAAGUUACGUGCUGGAACUCCUGCUGCAGCUCUCGUCGCCUUCAUGCACGACACCGUAGCCUAUGAUCCGAAUGGGGUUGGGAUAGCGCAUCUCGCCAUGAGCUUGCCGACCGAGAUGGCUUUUUCAUCACCCAGUCGCGAUCAAGCCCCGGAGACAUCAGUCGUGCAACUCCUCGUUAGAAGCCUGCAGACGGUCCACCUUGUGAUAUCACUGAAUGGCGAUUCGCGGAACAUGUUAGGCCAAAUGAGCUUCCCACAAGCACAGAUCCACCAGAACCGCUCUCUGCCGCUCAGCGGUCCUCUUCUCCAGAUGGCAUCUCGAGGCUUUUCAGUCUUAGACCAGGACCCCCGACCAAUCAAAAGCGAUCUGUCUCAUGUCGCCGUAGGGACAGAUCCCAGGCGUUGCUUGUAUCUGUGGACCAAGUUCGUGUUCAGCUGUCUUGGACCGCAGUACGAACAGCUCCUAUCAGGGUUAGACGUCCGCUAUCUCCUUUCUAUAUCCCCUGCGCCGGGGAGAUCGGACUACCCGCCUGUAUCAGGCCGAAAGGGCUUCGUUGACUUUGUCCGAGUGCUUGACUACCGUUGGGCAACAUGGAUGAUGAAGUUCAAUUUGCCCCCGUGGGGCAAACGGUUGAGCGAGGAAGAGAACAUGCUCCUCGACAAAGGCACCAGGGACAGAGGGCCGCUUCAGCCGGUCGCUGGCUUCUGGCUCUUUUCUAUCGAAACCUUUGGCGAUAUCGAGGAGUUCCGUAAUAAUGUUGUACGUGAGGAGGAAUGUGUUGGUAGUGACCAAUGGAGAUAUAAAAUGGUGCAAGAUCUGUCGCUGUUCAAGCCUAAGCUAGGAGUGUUUGAUUUUUCGUGACACAGUCAGUAAAUAAUAUGCGUAAAUGUAGGGCUUACCCUUACUUUUCAUCCAACAUUAGGCGGUUCUGCAGUAGCUGCAUGGAUCAAAGAUAAGAUUGAUAGGACCUGGG